GUCAAUACCGGGCUGAGCUGCUGAAGUCAUGGCGGCGGCGCCGCCACCGAAUCCGCGCACCGGGAGCCUGAGAGCGCAGCUGCCGCCCUGCUAUUAUGAGGGAUUCUUGGAGAAAAGGGGACCAAAAGAGAAGGUAGCUCGCCGUUUGUGGACCUGUUUAUGUGGAAACACGCUGUACUUCUUCAACAAUGCUAAGGAUGCACAUUAUGUAGAGAAGUUGGAUCUGAGUGGGUUUGUCUCCCUGAUUGAUGAUCCGAGUCGUGAUAGGAAUCUGGAAGCAGCCAGACUGAAUCUCCGCAUGAAGGAUGGAGAGAUCAAACUCACCGCUCCAAAUCUGGAGGCACGUGAGCUGUGGAAAGGUUUUCUCUACUCUGUUGUAGAUCUGGCGGUGCCCACCACCCUCACCCUCCUGCCCGGACAGCUGCACAUGCUGAAGGAAGUAGUGGAGAAAGAGAAAACACGACGGAAGGCACGCGUGGCGUCCAGAGCCCCCUCGUCCCCACUCUCGCUCCCACUGGUUGGGGAAAUACCUGCGUGUUUCAGGCCUGUGUCUCGUACGGAAGCUGAAGUGUUAUUAGAAAGACAUCCAGACUGUGGGAACAUGCUGCUCAGACCAGGCCGGGAUGGAACUUCACUCGCUGUGACCACACGGCAAGACCUGAAUGGAUCAGUGUUCAGACAUUACAGAGUGACACAGAAGCAGCAGGGUGGUUACAUCAUUGACGUGGAAAACCCAAUCCCCUGUCCCACGCUUCAUGAUGUCAUCAAUGCUCUUGUGGAGAAAACUGCUGGCACUCUUCAGCCUUUUAUAUUGGAGGAGCCCUAUGAAGAGAAUAUCACAUUUGUAUCAUCCAACGAUGAGAAUGGAGAGAGAACUCUUCACUGUGCACCAGCUGGACCAGUCUCUAGAGCUCCUGCCCUGCCUCCUAAACAAGUAGGAACAGACAAAUGGACGCUGCGAUCCCACACAAGAUCUCCCAGUUCUUCCCCUCGAUCAUUUUCCCCAUCUGGCUCCCCAUCCAACUCCAUGAAAAGACUGGUUCUAUGUCCCUCACCGCUUUCACAGAGCCUCACAGACGAACUCAAGCAGAAGCUGGAGAAGAGACGGACCAGUCAAGAGUGACGGACCAGUCAAGUUGUCCUUGUUUCAGUCCCCAGAUGCCGUCUCAUUCUGUCAGUGCCUUCCAAUAAAGACUUCUGUCCUGUUAUGGACACGGAUUCCCUCUAAUCAACAUUCUUCCUUCUAUGUGACUUUAUCAAUGCCACUGUAUUUGACUUUAACAACAGCAAACCACAACAUGAGAGUACUUGUCCUGCCUCAUGAUAAUGCAAUUACAGAACUGAUGGUGUUUCAGUAUUCUCUCUAUCUCUCUCUCUCUUUCUGUCCCUCUCUCUCUCUCAGUUGCAUUAGUAAUACCUCUACAUUCAGGGUUUCUACCUUGACAAACCAUGAGUCAAGAGGAAAGUAAGACUUCCCACACAUUCAAGAAAGAAGCACAACUGGUCUUACAAUGAAGGACUUCAUUGAAGAACUGAAGAGAACUGCCAUGUUUGCUCAGAUAGAAUGUGAAUCUGGUGUUGUUCUGAAUGUAGAUCUCAGCUGAUCUAAUUGAAACUGUUAUAUUUUAAAAUUUGAAUGAUGCUUUUGGACACAGUUUGCAAGAGAAAAACAGAACUCUGACACUAAAAUCAAUCAUUUGAAAGCAACAGACAGUUGAGCCUUCUGGAGGUCAGUAUUUCUCUGAUUUGUAAGCGAUUAGGUUAAUAGGUUGUGAGAUGGUUGCAUUUGUGUUCCCGAUUGAACAACUGUCGAUAUCGUUAUUGGUUUCAUGAACAUGGAUUGUGCUACUGUGACUUUUUAGAUAUCUGUUUUCAUGUGAUGUUAAAAUUAUUUCUUGUUAUUUAUAUUUGUGAUAUUUAUGGUAAUUAAAGAGAAGGUUUUGUAGAAGUCAUCAGCUGUUCUAGUUUUACAUAUAAUGUCAAUCCGCCAAAUUAUUAAACGAAAAGG